AUGGGGAGGUUUUCUAAGUACUGUGUUGUGUUUGUUGUGAUGGUGUUGUUAGUGGUGUUGUUAGUGAAAGCUUUCGGGAAUGGUGGGAGAGGUGGGGGUGAUGCUGAAGAUGGUGGUGGUGUUGGUGGGGGUGCUGGUGGUGGCAAUAAAGGUGGAGGUAGUGCUGGUGGGGGUGCAGGUGGUGGAGGUGCAGGUGGUGGCAGUAGAGGUGGAGGUGGGUAUGGUGGUGGAGGUGCAGGAGGUGGCAGUAGAGGUGGAGGUGGUGCUGGUGGGGGUGCAAGUGGUGGAGGUGUAGGUGGUGGCAGUAGAGGUGGAGGUGGUGCUGGUGGGGGUGCAGGUGGUGGCACUGGGGGAGGAAAAGGUGGUGGCAGUGGAGGUAGAGGUGGUGGUGGACAUUGA